AUGGGUCAAGCUGUCGACCCUGACAGGCAGUUGAAACAGGUCAAGCUGUCAGCACAGACUCCUCCACUCGCUGCUGUCGUCAGUCGCAAAACCCGCUGCGGAGGAGGCUGCGACAUUGGGCCCAGUUGGUGCACAAAACAUCCGAGUUCAUCUGCACAGACUGUUGCUCAAGAGAUCCUGACACAUUUUGCAGCUUUCGCCUUGCGAUAUCUCGACCGUCCUGUGCCAUAUCUAACAUACUAG